CGGCGGUUGGCGUAGCGCUGCCGUGCGGAGCCGCUGCUCCGCGCCUGCCCGGCCAUGGCCGCGGGCUCCGUCGCCGCAGCGGCGCGGGGGGACCGCAGCCCCGCCAACAAGCCCGGCCGGCGGCGCUGGGCCCCGCGGGGCGGCGAGGAGGAUGCAGAUGAGGACCCCGCCGUGCUGGUCCUGAGCUACUUUUCCCGGCCGCCCUUCCUCAGCUUCGGCCGGCUGCGUGUGGGCGCCUCCCGCACGCGUCUGCUGGGCAUCGACAACCCCAACGAGGAUGACGCGGAGGUGGUCAUCGACCGCUUUCCGGCCGCUACCAGGGGCUUCAGCAUCGAGCACCGCCGCUUCUUUGUGGAGUCAGGACAAAGAAUAUUUGUUUCUGUCACGUGGACACCAUUAGAAGAAGGAAAAAUCAGAGAACUGGUGACUUUUGUUGUUAAUGAUGUUGUAAAACAUCAAGCUGUGCUGCUUGGUGCUGCUGAGCAGCCCCCAACGAAAAAGAAGAGUCUUUGGGAUACAUUAAAAAAGAAGAACUCUUCAGGAACAUCUGCAAUAAAAGUUAAGAAGAGUACUUUAGAAAUUAAAAAUGUUAAUAAAACAUUUCAAGUGUCUCAGAAGCUGGCUAGACUUAGAAGUCCCCUUCAGUCUUGUGAGAAUCAGAGCACGGUGCAGAAUGGUACAUCCCAAGAAAAUGGCUCUCUUGCUGGCUCAGAGAAUCAGCUGCCUCCAUCUCCCAUUGCCCCAGGGCCAGAGGAACAUGGCAAUACUGUUCACACGCCGCUCGCCCUGAGAAGGUCUACUGCAUUUGGGGAUAUUGCUGCCUCUGGAAAUAAGGAGUUGUUGCCUGAGACAGAAAUCUGUAACAUCAAUAAAUGUGUUACUGAGCACAAUCAAUUGCAACCUGAAAGUGCCCCCAGUUCUGCUGGAUUAGCACAAUUGCCAAUUUCAAAUGAUGGAGAGGUUCUUAAUUUUACACUCUCGCCAGUUUCCACUCCAGAGCACUCAGCCUCUGCGCCUGUUUUAAGUACAAGGAGAAUUUUAAGUCCAGAUGCUUUUGUAAAUGACAAUUAUCAAGUGGAUAUAGAUGUAAUAGAGCAGCCUAUUCCAAUUCUGUCACCUGAUCAAUUUGUGAAGGACAGUUUGUCAGAUAAACCAUCGAAGACUCCUAAACCAGAGGCAGCAUUAAUACCAUCCACUGCAGAGACUUAUGUUGUUAAGAGGUUUCUACCUGCAAAAUGGAAAAAAGAUGGAGGUGUAGAGACAGAAACCCAUGUUCACACAGAACACAGCUUAAAUGAAGUCUCUGAGCUGCAUAAUGCAAAAUCACAGGCAUUUGAUUGUGAUAAACCCAAGGAAGAUCACUGCAGUUUUCCUUCUGCAGAGGAACUUCCGACUGACAAUCCCUCUCAGAGAGAGCGGACAAAAAAGCGUCCAAUUCUUUCUGCCACUGUUGUAAAAAGUAAGCGUGGUGCUGCUGAAGAGGCAAAAACAGAAACCCACCAGCCAAAAUCUAAAAAAUGCCUUAAUAAAGCAAUAACAGGAUGUGCUAAUGUGGUGCCUGGACAUAUGGAAUCGGAAACAUCUAAACACCUGCCAGUUACAGCUCCCAUUUCAUCUGAAAAUAAGUGUCACAAUGACAAGGUAAAUUCAUCUCCUACUGGAUCAACUUCUUCAUGUCGUAAGAGGAAGAGUGAAGCAUUUGUAGGAAAUAGCAGAGUUACAGCUCCAGUGCCUGUGGAAGAAGUGGAAAGAAAAAGAGCUCUUACCUCUACCACGGAUAAUCAAACGUGCACGACCAGAGGACCAUCGGCCUUCCACAAAGUAGACCAGAGGACCAUCGGCAAACCCACAAGUAGAGAGAUAGUAGGGCAGAGAAAGAAAGCUGGUUCUUCACUUCAGAAGGCACUUAAAGCUACCAGGAGAGUUAGUAAACCUGUCCCUGGAUUGGCCCAGUCACACCUGACAUUUGUGAAACCACUGAAAACAGUCAUCCCUAGGCACCCAAUGCCUUUUGCUGCUAAAAACAUGUUUUAUGAUGAACGUUGGAAAGAGAAGCAGCAACGAGGUUUCACCUGGUGGUUAAAUUUUGUACUUACCCCCGAUGACUUCAAUGUAAAAACAAAUACCUCACAAGUAAAUGCAGCUGCUCUUAUCCUGGGGGAAGAGAGCCAUCACAAAAGGAGCCUUCCUAAGGCACCCACGAAAGACGAGGCGUCUCUGAAAGCGUACACGGCUCGCCGCAAGCUGAACAGGCUGCGGCGCGAGGCCUGCCGCCUGUUCACCUCGGAAGCCAUGGUCAGAGCCAUCCAGAGACUCGAGGGGGAGAUCGAAAGCAGGCGCCUGCUGGUCCGCAGGGACAGGCACCUCUGGAAAGACAUAGGAGAAAGGCAGAAAGUCCUUAAUUGGCUUUUAUCUUACAACCCUUUAUGGCUGCGUAUAGGUCUGGAGACUAUUUAUGGAGAACUGAUAGCUUUGGAGAGUAAUAGUGAUGUUAUGGGUUUAGCAAUAUUUAUCCUUAAUCGCUUGCUGUGGAACCCUGACAUUGCAGCUGAGUACAGACAUCCCGUUGUGCCUCAUCUUUACCGGGAAGGUCAUGAAGAAGCUUUGUCAAAGUUCACACUGAAAAAAUUGCUGCUGUUGGUUUGCUUUCUGGAUUGUGCCAAACGGUCCAGAAUGAUUGACCAUGACCCCUGCCUCUUUUGUAAGGAUGCAGAGUUCAAGGCUAGCAAAGACCUUUUGCUUGCAUUUUCCCGGGACUUCUUGAGUGGUGAAGGUGACCUUUCCCGCCAUCUGGGUUUCUUAGGACUGCCUGUCAGUCAUGUUCAAACUCCACUGGAUGAAUUUGAUUUUGCUGUAACAAACCUGGCUGUGGACUUGCAAUGUGGCAUUCGUCUUGUGAGAACAGUGGAGCUUCUGACCAAAAACUGGAGUCUUUCAAAACAACUAAGAGUUCCUGCAAUAAGUCGGCUACAGAAGAUGCAUAAUGUGGAUAUUGUUCUCAAUGUCCUUAAAGAGCGAGGAGUGCACUUGAAAGAUGAAACUGGUGCUUCAAUUGACUCCAGGGAUAUUGUGGAUAGACACAGGGAACGAACAUUAGCACUGCUGUGGAAAAUUGUCUUUGCCUUCCAGGUGGAUGUUUUUCUGAAUGUGGAACAUUUAAAAGAAGAAAUUGAGUUUCUGAAGAACACACACAAGACAAAAGCACUAUUGGGUGCUAUGAAGACUUCUCAAAAUUCUUCUAGAGUACAGCAAGACAGUAGUAACUUCUCAUCUCAGACUUACAGUGAAAAUGUGAAGCUGUUGAUGGAAUGGGUUAAUGCUGUUUGUAGAUUUUAUAAUAUCAAGGUGGAAAACUUCACAGUGUGUUUCUCAGAUGGCAGAGUAUUGUGUCAUUUGAUUCAUCACUAUCACCCCUGUUACAUGCCUUUGGAAGCUGUGUGCCAACGAACAACUCAAACUGUAGAAUGUUCAAGAACUGUUACAGUGGGACUAAACUCUUCCUCCUCAUCUGAGUCUGACACUUCUCUAAAUGCUGUGGAAGAAACAUUUGAUCAAACUGUAACUCCCUCAGUCCUAUACAAGGAACUCCUGGACAAUGAAAAGCAAAACUUCCAGCUGAUCAAUGCUGCAGUUUCUGACCUAGGUGGGAUACCAGCAAUGAUUCAUCAUGCAGAUAUGUCAAAUACAAUUCCUGAUGAGAAGGUUGUUAUCACCUACCUGUCAUUCCUGUGUUCACGGCUUCUCGAUCUUCGCCAAGAAACUCGAGCUGCACGAUUAAUUCAGGCUGCUUGGAGGAAGCACAGGCUGAAAAGGGAACUCAAACUCUCUCAGGAAAGAGACAGAGCUGCUCGGAUAAUUCAGAAAUCUGCAAUGAUCUUCUUGGCUCGCCGGCGCAUCCUGAGGAGAGAGAAUGCAGCCAUUUUCAUCCAGAAGCACUGGAGAGGAUACUUGGCCAGGAUGACUCUUUUCAAUCUGAAAAAGGCAAAACUGGAGGAAGCCAGAAAUAAAUCUGCCACAGUCAUUCAGGCUUAUUGGAGGAGCUACUCUGCAAGGAGAAGAUACUUACAGCUAAGACACUGUGUUAUUUUUGUACAAGCAAGAAGAAGGAUGGUGAAGUCUGUUGCUGCAUAUAAACAAAUUGUUUGGGCUACUGUUACAAUUCAGAGACAUCUGCGUGCAACUAAGUUGGCAAAAAUAGAUCGACAAAGAUACCAAAUCUUAAAGUCUUCAGUGCUUACUAUUCAGUCUGCAUUCAGAAGAUGGAGAAAAUACAAAAUUCAGCAGAAAAUCAAAGCAGCUUUGGUGAUUCAGAGUUAUUUCCGAAAAUGGCAAUCUUCAAACCUGGCUAAGAGGAGCAGGGCUGCCCUUGUCAUACAGUCUUGGUACAGGAUGCACAGAGACCUGAAGCAGUAUCUACACGUUAAGCAAAAUGUUGUCAAGAUUCAGGCUUGGUACAGGUGUCAGCUGGCCAGACGUGUUUACCAGGAGCACAGAGCAAAAAUAGUGACAAUUCAGCAGUAUUACAGAGCUUAUAAACUGGGCAAAGGGGAGAGAGAGUCUUAUUUGCGAAAGCGUGCAGCAGUGAUAGUUCUCCAAGCUGCUUUUAGAGGCAUGAAGGCACGAGAGCUGUACAGACAGGCAAAAGCAGCGUGUGUUAUUCAAUCACUGUGGAGAAUGAAACGAGAGAAACAAAGAUUCCUCCAGUUAAAAAAAUCUGUUACUACAUUGCAGUCACAUGUGAGAAAAUACCAACAAGUAAAAAGAUACAAAGAGAUUAAAAAUGCUGCUUCUGUAAUUCAAACCCGGUACAGGGCACGCGUGGCCGCUAAAAAAGCAGCUGCGGAUUUCCAGAGGGUGCGCCUGGCUGCCAUUGUUCUCCAGUCUGCCUACAGAGGGAUGCAAGCCAGGAGACAGGCUUGUAUCCUGAGAUCUGUGAUCAAAAUUCAGUCCAGUUUCCGUGCUUAUGUCGCCCGGAAGAGAUUUAAAAACUUGAGAGCUGCCACGGUGAAGAUUCAAGCUCUUGCAAAGAUGAGGCAAGUCCGUAAGCGUUACUGUGCACUGAGGGAAGCAGUGCUUUAUGUCCAGCGAAGGUAUCGUUCUCGGAGACAUGCUCUUCAGUUUAAAGAAGAUUAUAGGAAAUUGAAGAGAGGUUGCAUAAGAAUUCAGGCUCUAGUUCGAGGCUAUCUUGUCAGAAAACAAAUUCAAAGGUGGAGGGAGGCUGCAAUAAUACUUCAGGCCUGCUACAGAAUGAAAAGGGACCGGCAAUGGUACUUAAGCAUCUAUAGUGCUGCCACUGUCAUUCAACAACGGUAUCGUGCCUGCAGAAAGACCCGGUGUCACAGGCAGGAGUUCUUGCAAGUUAGGAAAGCAGCUGUGUGCUUACAGGCAGCCUACAGGGGCUAUAAAACACGCAAAAAGCUCAAACUUGAAUGCAGAGCUGCUAUUAAAAUUCAGACUGCUUUUAGAGCUCAUGCUGCACGAGUGAAACACAAGGCAAUGGUUCAGGCCUCCAUUGUGAUUCAGAGGUGGUACAGAAAUUCUAAGGGUGGUAAGAGACAAAGACUGAACUUCUUAAUGACAAGAGCAGCAGUGCUUUAUUUACAAGCAGCUUUUCGUGGCUGGAAGGUGCGAAAGCAGAUUCAAAGACAGCACGUUGCUGCUACUAAGAUACAGUCUACCUUCAGAAAAUUCAUGGCUGUGAAAAAAUUCAGGCUUGUGAAGCACGCUGUGCUAACCAUCCAAAGGCAUUACAGAGCCAAGGUUCUAGGCCAGAGACAACGGCAAGAAUACGUUCAGCUGCGAAAUGCUGCAGUGCGUCUUCAAGCACUAUGGAGGGGGAAAGCUGUGAGAAAAACCAUUCAGAAGCAACAUCAUCUUGCAACAAUUAUUCAAUCCUAUUACAGAAUGCACAUAAAUCAACUAAAAUACAAGAAACUAAGACAAGCCACUUUGGUGAUUCAGACAUACUACAGAGCCUACUGUAUGAAAAAAACCCAGCGUUUAGCUUAUCUAAAAACCAAGGCAGCUGCAUUAGUCUUACAGUCUGCUUACCGUGGGAUGACUGUGAGGAGACAACUGAACAAGCUGAACAAAGCUGCUACAACUAUACAAGCUGCCUUCAAAUCUUACCUGGUCAAGAAGGAGUAUGAAAGACUUAGAUCUGCAGCUGUAGCCAUUCAAAGGCGUUACCGUGCAGUUACUCAUGCUAAAUGUCAAAGGCAGAGGUAUUUGUCUUUAAAAAGAGCCACAGUCCAAGUGCAGGCCGUUUACAGAGGUGUAAGAGUGAGGCGACAGGUUCAGCAGAUGCACCAAGCAGCUGUUUGCAUCCAAGCCAUGUUUAAGAUGCAUUGCAUGAGCAUAAAGUAUCGAUCAAUGAGAAUGGCAGCAAUAAGAAUUCAAAGGCAAUACAGAGCAUUUUGUUUAGGUAAAGUACAACGCAAAAAGUACUUGGAACUAAAGAAGUCUGUUGUUAUCCUUCAGGCUGCUUGCAGAGGCAUGAAAGUCCGACAAGACUUAAAAACUAUGCACCAGUCAGCAGCAAUAAUCCAGUCUUAUUAUCGGAUGCACAAACAACAGAGGGAUUUUAGAAAGUUGUUGCUUGCAACGAGGCAGAUUCAGCAGUGGUUCCGUGCUUGUAAGGAGAGAGAUGCACAAGUCCACAACUACAUGAUUAUGAAAAAUGCUGUACUGCACAUCCAGGCUGCAUUCCGUGGUAUGAAAACAAGAAGGCUUAUCAGAACCAUGAAUGAAUCGGCUGUAAUUAUUCAAAGAAGGUUUAGAACUUUCCUUGAAAGAAAACGUUUUCUUUCCAUUAAGUCAGCUGCUGUUCUGAUUCAGAGAAAAUACAGAGCAACAAAACUAGCAAAUAUUCAGCGUCAAAAAUAUCUCUCUCUCCUUAAUGCCACUGUUAUCAUACAGUCUGCUUAUAGAGGAUUUGUGGUGAGGAAAAAAAUGCAGCAAAUGCAUCAAGCUGCUACAGUUAUUCAAGCAAUGUUAAGAAUGCAUAAAACUUACACUUCUUAUCAAGCACUCAGGCUUGCUUCAGUAAUCAUACAGCAACGUUAUCGAGCUUACAGAGAAGGGAAGCAUGAGAGAGAAAAGUACUUAAAACUGUACAAUUGUGUUUUAGUUCUUCAAGCUGCCUACAGAGGAAUGAAAACAAGAUGCUUCCUGAAGAGACAACGUGAGGCAGCACUUACAAUACAGAGAAACUACCGAAUGUAUAGGCAGUACUGUCAUUACAGAAAAGUUCAGUGGGCAGCCCAGCUAAUACAGAGGAGGUACAGAGCCCACAGGCUCAGGAAAAUUGCUGUAGAGCAGUACACUUCAUUGAAGAAAGCAGCAACUUGUAUCCAGAGGGCUUUUCGAGACAUGCGAGUGAGAAAACAACAGCGAGAAAUGCACCGCGCUGCAACUGUGGUUCAGAAAAACUUCAAAGCCUUCAGAGAACGUCAGAAAUAUCUCGCUCUUAAAGCAGCUACUCUUGUCUUUCAGAGAAGGUACCGAGCUUUAGUUCUGGCAAGGCAGCAUGCUUUGGAAUAUCGCUCACUCCGCAGAGCAGCUAUUCACAUCCAGGCUGUGUACAGAGGUGUCAGGGUGAGGAGAAGUCUCAAGCACAUGCAUUCAGCUGCCAGUACAAUACAGGCAGCCUACAGAAUGCUCAGGGAUAGAAGGGCCUAUCAGAAUAUGAGAGCCGCAGCUAUGCUUAUACAGAACUACUACCGAUCCUAUUUGAAAGGAAAGAACCAACGCAAGAAGUAUCUGACAAUGAAGGAUUCAGUUCUUGUCAUUCAAGCAGCAUACAGGGGCAUGAGGGCACGGCAGGAGCUGAAACUCCUGCAUGUUUCAGCAGUUGUAAUACAGUCCAGCUAUCGCAUGUAUGUGCAAUGUAGGUGUUACAAACAGCUGCGCUGGGCUGCCACAGUCACACAGCAGAGGUUCAGAGCCAAAAUGGCAAGAGAAGCUGCCAUGAGAAAUUAUGCAGAAAUAAGAAAGUCUGUCAUUUGCCUCCAAGCUGCUUUUCGUGCUAGGAAAGCCAGGCAGCUGUAUAAAGCCAACGUUGCUGCACGGCGCAUUCAGUCGUUCCUACGAAUGUGUGUGGAGAGGAGGCGCUUUCUUGCCCAGCAAUCAGCAGCAGUGGUGAUCCAGUCCGCGUUCCGAUGCCGAAGAGCCCGCGCUCGCUACGCGCUGCUCCGCAGCUCAGCAGUGGCUGUUCAGAGGUGGUACAGAUCGUGUCUCGGGGCUCGUGCACAGAGGGCACAGUACCUGGCUCAAAGACAAGCCAUAGUAGUUAUUCAGUCUGCCUUCCGAGCUACAAAGGCAAGAAAAACAGCGAGGCAACUACGAGCCGCAAGAAAGAUUCAGUCUUUUCUUCAGAUGGCUCUGCAGCGUAGAAAAUACAUCCAACUCAGAGCAGCAGCUGUUACAUUGCAAUCCUAUUACUUAAUGCAUAAAUGUAAGUCACAGUAUAUGAGCUAUAAAAGAGCAGCAGUUGUCCUGCAGCGGCACUACCGAUCCCACCUGACUGUGAAGCACCAGAGAAUGGCUUACUUACAAACCCGCAGGAACGUUGUCCUUGUGCAGGCCGCAGUCAGAGGAUACAUCCAAAGGAAGAGGUUUCACAAAAUGAAAGAAAGCACAAUUAAAAUUCAGGCCUGUUUCCGUGGAUUUAUUCAGAGACAGAAAUAUCUUCUGUGCAAAUUUUCUGCUGUGUUAAUACAGCAGCACUACAGAGCCCAUCGGAUGCGAAAUAUUGAUCAACACAAAUUCCUUCAAAUGAGAAAAGCUGCCAUUACAAUUCAGGCAGCAUACAGAGGUUAUAAAGCCAGGCAGUGGGUUAGCAAAAUGAGAGCAGCACGAGUCAUCCAAGCCUGGUUCCGAGGUCACAAGGCACGGAAGGAAUACGUGUCUGUGCUCAGAGCUACCCUUGCUAUCCAGAGGCACUUCAGAGCCAGACAGCUGCGGACUCGGUUUUUGCAAAUGAAGUCCUGUGCCCUUACCAUCCAAAGAGUCUGGAGAGCGACCCGCGCUGCGCGAAGCCUUCGGCAGCAGUUUCUGGACACCAGGAGGGCUGCAGUUAAGAUCCAGUUGGCAUACAGGCAGUACAGGGCCAGGAGACUUCUAAGACAGUAUCUUUUUCAGAAGCACCAGGCUGCAUGUCUGAUCCAAAAGGCAUAUAGAGGUUUCAAGGCAAGAAGGAAAUUUGUUCAACAAAAAGCUGCUGCUGUAAUUAUCCAAAAACAUCUGCGGGCUUGGCAGGAAGGCAGGCUUCAAUUUAUGAAAUACAAUAAGACUAGAAGAGCUGUCAUUAAACUGCAAGCAUUUAUCCGGGGUUAUUUAGUCAGGAAAAAGAUUUCAGAACAGAAACAAAAGAAGAGACUUCUUUAUUUUACAGCAGCUGCAUAUCAUCAUAUCUCUGCAAUUAAAAUUCAAAGGGCCUACAGGCUUCACCUCACCUUAAAACUUGCACAAACACAGAUCUCAUCUGUUCUUAUAAUACAGAGCUGGUUCCGAGCAAAACUGCAGCGAAGGAGAUUUUUGGGAGAUUACCAAAGAGUGGUGAGGUUACAGCGUGCGGUUCGAGGCUGGGUGACGCGCAGGAACCGCGCGGCCGCCGUCAUCCAGAGAAACGUGCGGGCGUUCCUCGCCGCCAGGCGCAGCAGGAGACUUGCAGUGGGAAUAAUUAAAUUUCAGGCAUUAUGGAGGGGAUAUUAUUGGAGAAAGAUGACUGACACAGCAAAAACCAGAGCUUUAAGGCACAGUUUAGAAAAGGCCAAUGAAAAGAGCAGAGAAGAAAACAAACUGGGCAACAGAACUGCAAUUGCAAUUGAUCACCUUCUAAAAUACAAACAUCUCUCCUACAUUCUUGCAGCACUAAAGCAUCUUGAGGUUGCUACCAGGCUGUCCCCACUGUGUUGUGAAAAUAUGGCCCAGAGCAGAGCAAUCUUCAGUGUUUUCCUUCUGAUUCGAAGCUGCAACCGCAGUGUUCCAUGCAUGGAUGUGAUCAGAUACUCAGUUCAGGUUCUACUCAAUGUUUCAAAGUAUGAAAGAACUACUCGAGCAGUUUAUGAAGCUGAAAAUUCUAUAGAUACUUUACUAGACCUACUGCAAAUGUACAGAAGCAAAGCUGGGGACAAAGUUUCAGAGAAAGGAGGAAGCAUUUUCACAAAGACCUGUUGUUUGCUGGCCAUCCUUUCAAAGGACUCUAAAAGAGCUUUGGAAAUCCGAGGCAUGCCGAGGACUGUUUCUUGCAUCCAGAGCCUCUAUAAGCUCACGGCUCGGAAACACAGGAUGGAUGCAGAGAGAACACUUGUGAAGCAGAAAACAAACACUGCCUUAGGUGGGAGCUCCUCUGUUCCAGUCACUCCUCUAAGAAUAAAAACAGUUUCAAGGAUUAAACCAGACUGGGUCUUGAGGAAAGAUAACAUGCAAGAAGUCGUGGAUCCUCUGCAAGCAAUUCUGAUGGUGAUGGACACGCUUGGUAUUGCCUACUACUGAAAUGUAAAUGAUGUAUAGGAAGAUAUAUUUGUACAGUAUGUAUGUAGUAAAUGGAUAAAUGAUUUUUUUUAAAAAAGCACAAAAGUGUUAAACUACCGUCGGAAAUGUUUUUUUCAGAUUAACAUUAACAUUUUGGUAACUUCUUGUAUUGCAUACAGUUUUGAAAACCUAUUUUGUACUAUCAAAAGCAAUUGUACAAUAAAAUCAAUCAACUGGAUUUUACUGGAAAUUUCACUGGUGCAGUAAUAUAUUUUUGUCCCACAACUGUGAAUAUUACAAAUGGGAUUCUUCACUCUGAUUAGAUAUUGUAGAAUUCUAUUAAAAGCAGCUGUUUGUGGGGGGCAGUAAUGUCUGAUCUAGAGAGGUGUAGAAAGGGAGGCUUGGGCUGUGGAUUUCAAAACUGGCUGGUUUUGGGGAGCUUGAGUCUACUGUAGUAAUGUCUUGAGGGAUCAUGUAUGGCAGCAAGAAAAGAAAAUACAAUUUCUCUGGUUUGAAAACAUUGCAAGAUAGCGAUGGAACAACGGGGUGUUGUAAGGGUGAAUUUAGAACUUCUGACCUGGCAUGUUGAAGAAGGUGAUGUGUGAGUUUUCUUCCUAUCAAGUGAGCAAUACAUACAAGCAUGCAUCUCCUCUGGCUGAAGAGAUUGUGUUCAUCACAGCAUUCCCUGUUCAUUCAGUUCUCUUCUGCAUUCUCAGAAUUGCAUUUUCUCAGAGAAAGGCCAAGAUAAUGCAAAUUGUAAAAUUAUACCCUCCUCUUCCCAAAUUUAAGCAUUAUAUCUCUAAUGAUGCUAAAUCAUCUAAUAGCUAUUAGUCAGUGAGGUAACUGUAAAUUAUGUUCUUUGUUUUUUUGGUUUGUUUUUUUUUUUUUAAAUACUUGGAAGAAGCUUGCUCUAUUCAACACAACU